UAGUAUCUCAACGAAAUUUCUUUUGUGAGGCAAAUUUACAAGUGAAUUAGAUACCAUGGCUGAUGUACGACCUUUGCAAUAUGACAUCAAAUGGGAUGUGUGGGAUGGCAUGCCCAUAACGGACAUCCACUUCAAAAACUAUAAUAUCGUAAUUGAAUUUAUGUGGGAGAACUCAUUUCUGCAAAACAUUGUAUAUGAGGGAGUGGGUCUACAUGAUUUGGAUGAAAUGAAGUCAAUAUAUACGGACUAUUGUAAGCACAUUUUACGCAACGAAUGCUCCGUUAUGAUUCUGGACGAGACUGAGACCGAGAUCAUAGCUGUUGCCCUACUUGAAUGGAUGACCGGAGAAUGGCACUCCUGGACCUUUUUACCAUUGACAAUUUCCAAGGGUCUUUUUCAGGAGCUGAUCCUAAUGAAAAAAGCACUAAUGGAUUCCACCAAGCGGCGUAUAGAAGCGGAUAACUUUGACUGCUUGAUGGUGCAUGAAGUGGGAUUUCCACGCUCUUUGUUCGAGGACGAGUCCUUUCUAAUGUGCAUGUUUGAUGUAAUCGGCGAGGUUGCCGCGCAUAUGCACAUGCCCCGGGUCUGUUUCAUCGCUCUCACCGCCAAGGAGCAAUAUGCCGUUGAGUUGGCUGACUAUGAGGAAUGCGGGAAAUCGAUCUACUCCAUUUACAAGGUUGCGGGCAAUAAGCGACCAUUUGAUUGCCUCCGUGACUUGGAUGAAAUGUUUGCUAUUCUUUACGUGCUGAAUCUGAAUCCGAUAUUGAACUAUCAGCUAUGGCCUGGUUUUGAGGCCUUCCAGGAAUCUCUAAGGGCCAAGCAGCAAAAGGAGAGAGAGGACGACCUAGUGAGAGCCAAUGAAAUGUGAAAUGCCCAUUUCUUAUAUAAAUCUUAAAUAUAAUAGCUAAAUUAUGUGUAUUAAAUUUUCUAAGAGAAUUCAA